GGUGAGUUUCUAAGUAUCUUAAAACUAUGUCGAAGGUGCUGGUUACAAUAUUUUAUGUAUUGGCGAUUAUCGCGGUAGAUGUGUCCACAGUACUUGUUCAAGCAACAGAUAUGUCCACGGUACCUGUUCAGUCUCAACAAGGUGGAGGUAAUAUUUGGCCUUGGCAUAAAACUACUGUGAGCGCUAUAAAUAAUUUAGGUGAUGGUGUUAAUCUCUUCAUACAUUGUCGUUCAAAGAAUGAUGAUCUUGGCCUCCGUAUGAUUUCCAAUGGGAACUACAUGCAAUGGUCAUUCAAAGAAAAUUUUUCACUCACAACUUUGUUUUGGUGCAACUUAAGAUGGAUUUCUGGAUCAACCACUUCAGUCAAGAGUUUUCAAAUUUUUAAAGCCAAAAGGGACAAUCAAAAGUGUGUAGCGAAAUGCUUGCGGAGUAUUAGACCAGAUGGAGUUUAUUUUUAUGAUGAGUUCAAAAAUAUCUGGUGGAAGGAAUAUGCAUGGUGGUAGCUUUAAGGUGUUUUAAGAUUGUUGAACGGUGUUAGAUAAUAUAUGAAAUAAUGGAUAUGAAAUAAUAUUUUCCUCUAUUUAAUC